AGAGAGAGAGAGAGAGAGAGAGAGAGUUAUAGAGAGAGAAACCGAUCGAUCGAUCGUGUCCGCUCGGAGCAGGCGAAGAUGUCGGGGUGGGACGAAGGGGCGGUGUACUACAGCGACCAGGCGCAGGUCCUCGGCGACGGCACCGCCGCCGACAACUCGGAUGCCGCCGCCACCCGCCACUCCGUGCUCCGCAAGUUCAAGGAGUUCAUCCGGGGGUUCGAGACCUCGAAGAACACCUUCCCUUACAGGGAGGGCCUCCUCCACAACCCCAAGUUCCUCGCCGUCGACAUGGAAGACCUCGACGCGUUCGACGCCGAUCUCCCGUCGCUGCUGCGCUCUGCGCCCGCCGAUUACUUGCCUCUGUUCGAGACUGCGGCAGCAGAGGUUUUAGUGAGCUUGAAGUCGAAGGUGCCCGGAGAUACAGGUGAAAUGGAGGAGCGGGAGACUGGGGAUGUUCAGAUCUUGCUGACAUCGAAGGAGGAUCCCGUGUCUAUGCGGUCUGUCGGGGCUCAAUACAUAUCAAAGCUUGUCAAAAUAGCAGGAAUCACCAUUGCUGCUUCAAGGACGAAGGCAAAAGCUACUUAUGUGACUUUGGUGUGCAGGAACUGUAGAAAUGUGAAGAUGGUCCCCUGCCGUCCUGGUCUUGGUGGUGCCAUUGUUCCUAGAUCAUGUGAUCAUGUCCCACAGCCCGGAGAAGAAAGGUGUCCACUUGAUCCAUGGCUCGUGGUUCCUGAUAGGAGCAAAUAUGUUGAUCAACAGACGCUGAAAUUGCAAGAAAACCCUGAGGAUGUACCAACUGGGGAGCUUCCAAGAAAUAUUCUUCUCUCUGUGGAUCGCCAUCUUGUUCAAACAAUUGUACCUGGCACAAGAUUGAGCAUCAUGGGGAUCUAUAGCAUCUUUCAAGCUUCGAAUUCAGCUGCCUCCCACAGAGGAGCUGUUGCUGUGAGACAGCCAUACAUCCGAGUUGUAGGCAUGGAAGAAACAAAUGAGGCCAACUCUAGAGGUGCUGCAGCUUUCACCUCUGAAGAGGUGGAAGAAUUCAAAAAAAUUGCCUCACAACCUGAUGCAUACAAAUACAUUUGCUCUAAAAUUGCCCCAUCUAUUUUUGGUCAUGAUGAUGUGAAAAAGGCAGUGGCUUGUCUUUUAUUUGGAGGAUCAAGAAAGGUUUUGCCUGACGGUGUAAAACUAAGAGGUGACAUCAAUGUGUUGCUUCUGGGGGACCCCUCUACAGCCAAAUCACAGUUUCUUAAGUUCGUUGAGAAGACAGCCCCAAUUGCUGUCUAUACUUCAGGAAAAGGCUCAUCUGCAGCUGGUCUUACAGCCUCAGUCAUCCGUGAUAGCAGCUCUCGGGAAUUUUAUCUUGAAGGAGGAGCAAUGGUUUUGGCAGAUGGUGGUGUGGUCUGUAUUGAUGAGUUUGACAAAAUGAGACCGGAGGAUAGAGUUGCUAUUCAUGAAGCCAUGGAGCAGCAAACCAUAUCUAUAGCCAAAGCAGGAAUCACAACAGUCCUCAACUCAAGAACAUCUGUUCUUGCUGCUGCUAACCCGCCAUCAGGACGUUAUGAUGACCUGAAGACUGCACAGGACAAUAUUGACUUGCAGACAACUAUACUGUCUAGAUUUGAUCUGAUUUUUAUCGUUAAAGAUGUCAGGAUGUACAGUCAAGAUAAGAUUAUAGCAAGCCAUAUCAUAAAAGUCCAUGCUUCUGCGAAUGCAGCCUCUGCUGAUAGUAAAACUUCAAAAGAAGAAAACUGGCUGAAGAGGUAUAUACAAUAUUGUCGAGCUGAAUGCCAUCCUCGUCUAUCAGAAUCAGCAUCUGCGUUGCUGCAGAAUAGUUAUAUUACGAUCAGACAGGACAUGAGGCAGCAGGCUAAUGAUACUGGUGAGGCAGCUGCUAUACCUAUUACAGUUAGGCAGCUGGAAGCUAUUGUCAGGCUAAGCGAGGCUUUAGCAAGAAUGAAAUUAUCCCAUGUUGCCACUGAGGAGAAUGUGCAAGAAGCAAUCAGGCUUUUUACUGUUUCCACAAUGGAUGCGGCACGUUCUGGGAUAAAUCAACAAAUAAAUCUUACACCUGAAAUGGCAAACGAGAUCAAGCAAGCCGAAACUCAAAUAAAGAGAAGAAUAGGAAUCGGAAACCACAUAUCAGAGAGAAAGUUGAUCGAUGAGCUGACUAGAAUGGGGAUGAACGAUUCUAUAGUGAGAAGAGCUCUCAUAAUCAUGCACCAAAGAGAUGAAGUCGAAUAUAAGAGAGAAAGGCGCCUCAUCUUCCGGAAAGCCUGAUAUGUUGAAGAGUACAUGCCAUCGGCGAGUAGCUUAAUGGAAACUUACGACGGCAACGUGGUGGGGUAUAAUUAGCCAACACUGCAGGCAGCAAACAUAGCAAAUGCUGCAUCUGGUGCGAUUAAUGGCAUGGGUGGUCGUUAAAUAUUAAUGUCCUGAAUUGUCGAGCAUGUAUGCUUACUCACUAUUAGAUGUUAUUUCAAUUGGAGCUUGAGAAUUAGAUUUUGUAGGAGUCAAAAUGUGUAAAUUGUUUUAUAUUUCAAGUCAAAUGUCGGGUGAGAACAGAGCUUCACAUGGAGUAUCUUCGGUGAAUGCUUUCAAUUUUAGCCCUUCAAUACAUUAUUGUGGUGCAGUUGGCAGGGAA